UCAUUCUAUAUAUCUUUAGAUUUUUAGGGAUUUUUUUUUUUUUUUUAUCGGGACAAUGGAGGUUAAUAAAUUGAGCUCUGAUGUGAAUGCUUCGAGGAAGAUAAUGGAAGCUGCAUUGGUUCAGACCAUUCUGGUUGCUGCUCAAAUGUCUAUUGCUCGCUUUCUAAUGCUGACGGCAUCUCUGCUGGGCGACGUUGAUGGGCUGCCAAACUUGGCUGGAAAAAGGUUUCCCAUGGACGAACUUCUUAGAGUGGAAAAGCCUGGGCCAGGGAACAAAGACGGAAGUGAUACAGAGGAUGAAGAAGAAGAAGAAGAAGAAGAAGAUGAAGAUGAAGAUGAAGAUGAUGAUGAUGAUCUGGAUGAUGAGGACUUAUCUGGUGAAGAAGGGGGAGAUGAUGACCAGGAUGAUGAUGAAGUGGAUCCCGAGGCUAAUGGCAAUGAAGGUAGUGAUGAUGAGGAGGAUGAUGAAGAUGAAGAUGAAGAUGAAGAUGACGGAGAUGAUGAUGAGGACGAUGAGGAAGAAGACGAGGAUAAGGAGGACUAGGAUCAAGCACCAGUGAAGAGGAAGAAAUGAAGUAGCAAUAGCUGUUUAUUCAACUUAUUUCUUUAGGUCGAGAAGAUUUAAUAGGGUGAGGAAGGUUUAGUUGGUCUGUCUUGAUAGAAUAGGGUAUUUGGCCACCCGAUUCAUGAACUUUUUUUUCAUUUGACAGAUUUAUGUGUUCCCUUUUAUGCAAUGAAUGGGGAUUCUUAACAACACUGUGUGGUUUUUAUGUGACAGUUGAGCUUAAUAUAGGAUGGUAGCCUAUCUACCUUGAGAGUCGAUUCUAA